UGUGUCUAGGUGUACCAAGGAUGGGCAAAGGUUUGAAGAGCCUGUGCCCCGGAUGAAUCUGACCAAGCAAUGAAGCCAGAGGAGGCCCCUUAGGACCAGGACCCUGAUCUCACACCCGAGGGACCUUGUGCACCUCGUCCUGGGCCCCGGGGCCCCUUACUGACCUCCAGGGCUGCCUCCUGGUGGAGCUGAGCUGGCCCAGGAGACUGCCUGAACCACCUGUUCUGCCCCAGCAGAUCGGGCAGAGACGCUGCUGCAUUCCAGGCUCCGGCUGCCAGGGAAGCUGAGCAGCGAGUUCUGACAGGCAGCAGCAGCCCAGGCCCAGCCGGGCGAGUGCUGAACAGUGGUUCCUCCUUCCCAAGGGCAGCCUGAGGCUGAGAGAUGGAUGAACAGGUGUUCAAGGGAGAUCCGGACACCCCGCAUUCCAUCUCCUUCUCAGGCAGUGGAUUCCUCUCCUUCUACCAGGCUGGGGCUGUGGAUGCCCUGCGGGACCUGGCCCCCCGGAUGCUGGAAACGGCCCAUCGUUUCGCUGGGACAUCAGCAGGUGCCGUGAUCGCGGCCCUGGUCAUCUGUGGAAUUGAAAUGGAAGAGUACCUCAGAGUCCUCAAUGUGGGUGUGGCUGAGGUGAAGAAAUCCUUCCUUGGGCCCUUGUCUCCAUCCUGCAAGAUGGUGCAGAUGAUGAGGCGGUUUCUGUACCAGGUCCUGCCUGAGGACUCCUACAAGGUCGCGACAGGGAAGCUCCACGUGUGCCUCACCCGCUUGACUGAUGGCGAGAGUAUCGUGGUUUCAGAGUACACAUCCAAGGAAGAGCUCAUUGAGGCCCUGUACUGCAGCUGCUUCGUCCCCGUGUACUGUGGCCUCAUCCCCCCAACCUACCGUGGUGUGAGGUACAUCGAUGGGGGCUUCACAGGCAUGCAACCCUGCUCCUUCUGGACAGACUCCCUCACUAUCUCCACCUUCACUGGGCAGCAGGACAUCUGUCCCCGGGACUGUCCUGCCAUCUUCCAGGACUUCCGCAUGUUCAACUUCUCCUUCCAGUUCUCCCUGGAGAACAUCACCAGGAUGACCUACGCACUGUUCCCCCCGGACCUGGUGAUCCUGCACGACUACUACUACCGGGGGUAUGAAGACGCGGUUUCGUACUUGAGGCGGCUGAAUGCUGCCUACCUUAAUUCUCCCUCCAAGAGAGUGAUUUUCCCCCGAGUAGAAGUGUACUGCCAGAUAGAACUCGCCCUUGGCAAUGAGUGCCCCAAACUCAGUCAGCCAAGCCUCCAGUCACAGCAGCCCAGUCUGGAAGGAUCUACAGAACUUCAUAAGCAGUGGGCUCCCAAAGGGGAUGAAAAAGGUGGCCAUGUUCCACCUGUGUCCCCACCUGUGCAGACACCAGCUCCCACCUGUGAGUGGCUUGUGGAGUCACCUGUUUCACUACCUGUCUCCUCAUCUGAGCAGUUACCUGCGUUGCCACUAGCCUCAUCACUGCCACAUUCUCCAGCUGACUGGCCACCCAGAUCACUCUCAGCUAUGCACUCACCACCUGGCCCACCAAUGCCCAUCACACCACCUGGACUAUCACCCGUGUCACCUCAGCAGCAGGUACCACCAUCUGGAUCACCACCCCAACCCCCACCCACCCUGGCACCUAUAUCACCCAGGUCAUCCCUGGGACCUUCAGCUGUGAGGAGACCUCUGACAUCAUCAUCACCUACACAGCCACCUGUGGAGGAACUGGGCCCAGAACAGUUCCCAGGUAGGACCCUUCUAGAAUCGCCUAAGCCCAAGAGCACGAUGCCUCUGGUUAACACGAGGGAAACCAUCGGCAAGUCUUACGUAAUGGAGAGCCCUGCUGAAGACUCAAACUGGGUGAAUAAGGUCUUCAAGAAGAACAAACAAAAGACAAGUGGCACCAGAAAAGGCUUCCCAAGACAUUCGCGAUCCAAAAAGCCAAGCAGCAAAGUGCAGUGAGCAUGACUAAUGUUUCUCAAUUCCCACGGGGAGGAGCAGCUCCGGGAAAUGUCUGCCAGGAGAUUGCACACAGUGGGGGGGAUCUUAGGCUUGGAGUCAGGCACAUCCCACACACCAUUCCUGCUCUGACUCAGUCUCACGUAGCUCGUCUGGUUAGGACACUUGGUCUCUCUGAACCUCAGUGUCCUGAUCUGUAAUAUGACCAUGAUACCAACUCAUAAGCUGAGAGUCUAAUGCAGUCAGCUGUGUGAACCGCCUCACUGAGGGCAGGUGUGUAACAGCCUGCAGUUAGAAGUAGGACUGUGGUUACACAGCUCCCAGAGGUUCGCUAGCUACUGCUCAGCUUCUGAGUAGACUCCUCUUAAAGCCAAGCUAGACAUGCAAGGGCCUACGUGACCCUCAACACAUAAUAUACCUCCAAUCUGGUGCCAGCCUAUAGCUAAGAUCCCUGAUCAAUAUAGGCCUGCUUCUUAUAGUGUUUGGAUUGUAUUACAUUGUUGUUGAUUUAGUCAGUCAACAUUUAUUGAGCAUCUACUAAAUGCCAGAUACUCUCCUAGGCUCUGGCAAUAUCAAAAUAUGAAUCAAACUCC